CGUACGUGUUGAUCAAAUGCGUAUCUAACUGAAUGAUUAUCACUAUUUAGGGAGCAUACGAUCGGAUUCGAUUGGUAGCGCCUAGCGGGAUAGUCUUAAAAAGGAGGCGGAACGCGGAACUGAGCCAUAACCAAACUUUUCUGGUUUUUUUCAGCCGUGAUAAGAUUGUAGUUACUGUAAUGUUUAUCAAGUCACUUGUGGGGAGUGCCUGCACUCUGAUAGGAGCAGCUACAGCGUUAAAGUUCGCACCUGUGGAAGUGAAGGCCCAGGCAGCAGCUCUCCUUCACAGCACGGUGAGGAAGUCCCACCUGGUCCAACAAGCCAACAUGAGGGUCGAACUUCUGCCAGCGCUCAGUGACAACUACAUGUACCUGCUGAUCGACGAAGACACCAGGGAAGCUGCCAUUGUUGACCCCGUGGAGCCUAUAAAGGUCGUGGAAGCUGUCAGAAAACACGGCGUUAAACUCACCACCGUUCUGACCACCCAUCACCACUGGGAUCAUGCAGGUGGAAAUGAGAAGAUGGUGAAGCUGAUGCCGGGGCUAAAGGUCUAUGGAGGAGAUGACAGAGUUGACGCUAUUACAAAGAAGGUUUCCCACUCCAACAGCUUUAAGCUUGGAUCACUCAAUGUGAAAUGCCUGUUCACGCCGUGUCACACAACAGGUCACAUCUGUUACUAUGUGACCAAAGAAAACAGCUCUGACCCACCUGCUGUUUUCACUGGUGACACGUUAUUUGUGGCUGGCUGUGGUAAAUUCUUCGAGGGUACAGCAGAGCAGAUGUACAAAGCCUUGAUAGAAAUUCUGGGACGUCUUCCUCCAGAAACGCGUGUUUACUGUGGCCACGAAUACACGGUCAGCAAUCUGAAAUUUGCACGCCAUGUUGAACCGGACAAUGAAGUCAUUCAGAAGAAGCUUGCAUGGGCAAAGGAGAAGUGCAACGACGGAGAGCCGACUAUCCCGUCCACUCUGGCAGAUGAAUUUACAUUUAAUCCCUUCAUGCGAGUAAAAGAGAAGUCGGUUCAAGACCAUGUGAAGCAGACGGAUCCGAUCGAAACCAUGAGGAGCCUUCGGAAAGAAAAAGACAACUUUCGGGUUCCUAAGGAGUAAAUUCUGUUUUUAAAUCUCUUUUUGAAGCACUGAAGGUUUUCCGUCACACUAAAGAAUAAUGAGCCAUUUAAAAUAGAUCCACUACAUUCAUCCCCUUUACUGAAUGUACCCACUUUUCUCACUUGAGAGCAGAUGUAUAAAAAGCUAUAAAGGUUUUCAUCAUGAUGUUAUAUCAGGUUUGUUCAGCUGAUGUUGAAGGGACUGGUUCGAAAAAUAUCUGGCUUUAAGAGAUGAAUAUUUUAAUUUGUAAAUGCUUGAAAAUAUGUUAAUAUAUUAAUGGUCUAAAAGUUUUCAUUUAGUGUUUUCAUUUUUACCCAUUUUACAAAAACAGAGCUGUGUAAGGAGCAAUCAUAUAUGUACACAAUCUUCAACAAGAUUGAAAUCCACCCACAGAAAUUAACAUUGUUUUUCUUUGUGUUUUUUUUUUAUUUUUAUUUUUUUUCGAUUGUCUCUUUGUGUCAGUGCUAUUAAAGCCUAAUUUCCGUAAAUGUACAAGAACUGCUUUUUAAUUUCUAGUUUUAACAAGACUGAUUGGUGUGUUAGCAUUACUGGUAAGAUAUCCUGAAUGUUUGUAAAGCACAAUCUAAAAAGAGCACUGCAUGAUGUUCUUUGCAAAAAGCAAUAAAAUACAUCUGUUGGAAGAAAGUCA